AUGUGGGACCGUGAAGAACCUGCCGUGGUACAUGGGGAUGGAGUCACUGGUGAUGCACUCAAGGAGUCAGAUGCCGAUGGUUUAGGACGCUUGACCCGAGAGGAACGACUGGUGUCGGUGAGCUGA